AAUUUUUUUCCCAUGAAACAAAGUAUAAGGAUCUACAUUUGUUUUCUGAACUCACUACAUUUUAACAAUGAUUAGAUCGUACUUUCCAAAGUGUGUGGCACUUUCUGCCCUCUUUGUCCUGAGUGUCGGUGCACUGGAUACUUUCAUUGCUGCAGUGUAUGAGCACGCUGUUAUAUUACCAAACAGAACUGACACCCCUGUUUCAAAAGAAGCAGCUUUGCUCCUGAUGAACAAGAAUAUAGAUGUUUUGGAGAAAGCAGUAAAGCUGGCAGCCAAGCAGGGUGCACACAUCAUUGUGACCCCAGAAGAUGGAAUCUAUGGCUGGGUCUUCACCAGAGAGAACAUUUACCCCUAUCUGGAGGAUAUACCAGACCCUGAAGUGAACUGGAUCCCAUGCAGAGAUCCCCAGAGAUUCGGCUAUACACCAGUGCAAGAAAGACUCAGCUGCCUGGCCAAAGACAACUCUAUCUAUGUUGUGGCAAAUUUGGGGGACAAGAAGCCAUGCAAUACCAGUGACCCUCAGUGUCCUCCCGAUGGCCAUUACCAAUAUAACACUGACGUGGUUUUCGAUUCUCAGGGCAGGCUGGUGGCACGCUACCAUAAGUACAAUCUUUUUGAACCUGAAAUUCAAUUUGAUUUCCCCAAGGAUUCAGAAUUUGUGACAUUUGACACUCCCUUUGGGAAGUUUGGCAUUUUUACUUGCUUUGACAUUUUUUCUCAUGACCCGGCUGUGGUGGUGGUGAAGAAUUUUGAAGUGGACAGUGUCCUUUACCCCACAGCAUGGUACAACACACUGCCCCUUCUCUCGGCUGUUCCAUUCCAUUCGGCAUGGGCCAGAGCUAUGGGAGUGAAUCUGCUUGCUGCCAAUACCCACAACACCAGCAUGCACAUGACAGGGAGUGGAAUCUACGCCCCAGAAGCAGUCAAGGUGUAUCACUAUGACAUGGAAACAGAGAGUGGCCAGCUGAUGCUUUCGGAAUUGAAGUCUCGGCCUCGCCGUGAGCCCACCUACCCAGCAGGUGUUGACUGGCAGGCUUAUGCCAGAAGUAUCAAGCCCUUCUCCUCUGAGCAGGCGGAUUUUUCAGGAAUGAUUUAUUUUGAUGAGUUUACCUUCACUGAGCUUACAAAAAACACAGGAAAUUAUACAGUUUGCCAGAAAGAGCUGUGUUGUCACUUGUCUUACAAGAUGUCUGAGAAGCGAACAGACGAGGUCUAUGCACUAGGAGCAUUUGAUGGACUGCACACAGUGGAAGGCCAAUAUUACUUGCAGAUAUGCACAUUACUGAAGUGUCAGACCACCGACCUCAGAACUUGUGGAGAACCUGUGGGGUCAGCUUUUACCAAGUUUGAAGAAUUUUCCCUCAGCGGCACAUUUGGAACAAUCUAUGUUUUCCCACAGCUCAUUCUCAGUGGGACUCAGCUUGCCCCUGAAACACAUUAUGAGGUUUCAAGAGAUGGACGUCUGAAGAGCCGAAGUGGAGCCCCUUUGCCUGUUUUAGUCAUGGCCCUGUAUGGAAGAGUAUUUGAGAAGGACCCUCCCCGCUUAGGACAGGGCCCUGGGAAGUUACAAUGAUCUCCUUUCCCAGGGCCCUUUCAGCUUUAGCCAGGCAAAGAGGGAGAGGGGGAGGAGAGCAAAAACUCAGUGUCUGUUUUCUAGAAGAGAUGUCAUAAAUUUACUGAAACAAGGAAUAAACUUAAGAAAUUUAAAAAGCAA